AUGGAGAAGUCUCGUCUCUCAUCAGACAGCAAGUCGCCGCCAGCGCCUACCGUCGAUGUUAUGACGGGCGAGCAAUCACCCGUGGCUGUUCCUACCUGGGACCCCGCGGCAGAGAAAGCUCUUGUUCGCAAGAUUGACUUGCGAAUCUUUCCUGUCAUGAUCAUUUUGUUCAUCCUCAACUUCAUCGAUCGUAACAAUUUUGCAAACGCGCGCCUUCGAGGCUUGGAGAAAGACCUAAAGCUCACCGAUGUUCAAUAUCAGACCUGUAUAUCUAUUCUUCUCGUCGGCUACGUCUUGAUGCAAGUUCCCUCCAACUUGAUUCUCAACGCUAUCUCUCGACCGUCUUGGUACCUAUGCGCCUGCGUUGCCGUUUGGGGUGUCAUUUCUGCCGCCACGGGAGCCGUCCACAAUGCCACAGCCGCAAUCCUCUGCCGUUUCUUCCUGGGAUGCGUGGAAGCAAGCUUCUUUCCAGGAAGUUUGUAUUUCCUCUCCCGUUGGUAUACACGCAAAGAGAUGCAAUUGCGAGUGACUGUCCUUAACGCGGGCAACCUGGCUGCCCAAGCCUUUGGAGGUCUGAUCGCGGCUGGAAUCUUAGGCGACAUGGACGGUGCGGGCGGCCUUCGCGCAUGGAGGUGGCUAUUCAUUAUUGAAGGCACCAUUACUGUCGCCAUUGCUGCUAUUGCUGUCUUCAUCUUGCCCGACUAUCCCCAAACUACACGUUGGCUGUCACCGGAGGAGAAAGUAAUUGCUGAGGGAAGGCUAGUGAUUGAUGCCGGCGUAUCCUCAGAAGACAGCAUGGGCCAAGAGAUAACAGCUAUUCAAGGGCUGCUUAUGGCGGUCAAAGAUCCUAAGGUUUGGUUACUCGGCAUAACAUAUCACGCAACUAUCAUGGGAUUGAGUUUUGUGUUCUUCUUCCCUACUAUUACUCAAGCGCUAGGAUAUGGUACUACGACCACUUUGCUUCUUACCGCCCCGCCAUGGAUUUGGGCAGUGCUUGUAUCUCUACCGAACGCAUGGCACGCCGAUCGAACCGGAGAGCGCUUCCUGCAUUACUUCGGCCCAGCGCUUACUUGCAUUGUGGGAUACAUUAUCUCCGCCACGACUAAGUCUGUAGGACCUCGCUACUUCUCCAUGUUUCUGAUGACCACUGGGUUUGCUUCAGGAUUCGUCAUGCUGGCGUGGAUCUCCAACACCAUCCCUCAUCCUACAGCCAAGAAGGCAGCUGCCAUUGCUAUCGUCAAUGCAAUGGGCAACAUUGGCUCGAUCCCUGGCUCGUACAUCUGGCCUGCGAAGUACGGUCCGCUGUAUGUCAAGUCAUUUGGAGCGGAGAUUGCUAUCCUUGGAUUCGGCUGCGUCUGCGCUCUUGUGCUUCGCUUUUACCUGAUCGCGCAGAAUAAGAAGCUAGAUCGCGAAGAGAGAGUUGAAAUGUCUACUGCAGGUGAUGGAGAGAAGACCGGCGAAACUACGGAACCGGUGAAGAGCUUCAGAUACCUCUACUGA